CAUUUUAUCUGCCGAUAAAUUGACUAUCUGAUAAGAUGUCUCUAGACGAAAACCAAUUCAAUCGAUACGUCAUUCCAUUUUUUUGUACAACGGGUAAAAAGUACGGUGGCCGAAUCAGAGGUGGACUGAAAAAUACAGAAAUAAUACGUUUUUUUGGAUAUCGGACAACCUCUUCAAAAUGGAGUGUUUUGUCAAAUUCAAAUUACUCAUGUGGAAAAACUGGAAGCUCCAAUUGAGAAAGCCGGUUUCUUUCGCUGUAGAAGUGCUAAUUCCACUCCUUAUAGUUGCUGUACUCCUUUAUAUGAGAUAUGAAGGAGAUCCCUUUUAUGAACGUGAGCAUAUCUUCGAUGGUUUUGGUCUUGGAACAAAAGAAAGUGAGGAAAAUUUGACAUUCUCUCUUAGGGCAUAUUCACCACAAACUAAUACUUUGGUGAAAUCAUUAAUGGAGUCUUUUCCAUCGAGGUUUCGACCCCAAGGGUUUGAUACAGAAGCUAAGUUGGAAGAAUUUCUCAUGAAUUUUGAUACAAAGCAAACAAUUUGUGGUGUGGUGUUUGAUGAUGACUUAUCUAAUGAUGGUUUCAAAGGAAAAAUAAAUAUCAAAUUGAGGUACAAUACCGUUGGAUCUUAUCAUCGAUGGUUUACUGACGCUUUGUAUCCUGGUUUCCAAAUCGAUCGGAGACCAAGAAGUAACGGUAAUGGCGAUGAUUAUUUUGAAAACCCCAAUUAUCACUACACGGCUUUCGACGAAUUGAUGUACGAUUUAGCUUCUCAAAUUUUCAAAAUGAAAGGAGAAACCCUACCAGGUAUAACGUUACAUAGGUUCCCUUAUCCCGAAUAUCUUGUCGAUAGUGUUUUUUUCCAAAUUGGGGGAAACUUUUUCUUAGGCUUCCUCAUCAAUGCAGCUUUCUUGUACAGUUUCGUGAACAUGGUCAAAUCUGUGACACUAGAAAAAGAGAAACAAUUGAAGGAAUCUAUGAAAAUUAUGGGACUACCAACUUGGCUCCAUUGGACAGCAUGGUUCAUUCAAAUGUUUAUACCUCAUUUGAUCAUAGUAAUCUGUUUCACUAUAUCAAUGAAAUAUUCAAUUGGGAAAGCAGAACUUCUGGAACACUCCGAUUUCAGUCUUUUAUUCGUAUUAUUUUUAGUUUUUUCAAUUCAAGCGAUCACUUUGUCCUUUGCUGUUAGUGUCUUCUUCACUAAAGCAAAUAGAGCUGCAUCAUUAGCUGGAAUAUUAUGGAUUAUGGGAAUGGUGCCCUAUAUUGUAGUACGAUCUGGAAAUUAUGAAGGGAUAAGCAUAUUCGUGAAGUAUUUUACGUGUCUUUUAGCUCCAAGUGCGAUUUCAUAUGCUUUUGAUGUGAUUUCGUUGUUUGAAGUACGAAAUAUUGGUGCUUCCUGGAGUAAUGCUUUCGAGACAAAUCCAGAAAACAGCAUGAAUAUAGGAGGAAUCCUGCUGAUGAUGAUUUUCGAUAUAUUCGUAUACAUAUUCGUCACCCUGUAUGUGGAACAAAUAUAUCCUGGAGAAUUUGGAGUCCCUCAGAAAUGGUAUUUUCCUUUCACUAUGGAAUAUUGGACAGGAGAGAAGGUUUCAAUAUCGAAUGGUCGUCAAUCCACUAUCAAGGGAGAAUUUUUUGAAGAAGAACCUUUGAGUUUGAGACCAGGCAUCAAAAUCGAGAACCUUUGCAAGACCUUCGGUGCCAACGAUGCUGUUAAAGGAGUUUCGAUGAACCUUUACGAAGACCAGAUAACAGUUCUUUUGGGACACAAUGGCGCAGGUAAGACCACCACCAUGUCCAUGUUGACGGGGAUGUUUCCACCAACGAAGGGUACUGCCACCAUAAACGGGUACGAUAUAAGGACCCAGAUCGCCGAGGUUAGGGACAGCAUGGGCCUUUGUCUCCAACACAACGUACUUUUCGACGACCUGACUGUGAGGGAACACUUGAUAUUUUUCAGCAAACUGAAGGGGUGUGAUGGUAGUGAAGUGGAGGCAGAGGUAGAGAAGUUUUUGCAACUCUUGAGUUUGGAGGAUAAGGCUGACUCAAAAUCGAAGGAACUCUCUGGAGGAAUGAAGAGAAAGCUUUGCGUGGGAAUAGCUCUUUGUGGUAACUCGAAGGUUAUAAUGCUCGAUGAGCCAACAGCAGGUAUGGACCCUUCAGCCAGAAGAUUCAUUUGGGAGUUUUUACAAGAGCAGAAAAAAGGAAGAACAAUUCUUCUCACGACACAUUUCAUGGACGAAGCAGAUCUACUAGGAGACAGGAUAGCUAUAAUGUCUGGUGGUGAGUUAAAGUGUUGCGGUUCCAGUUUUUUCUUGAAGAAAAAGUAUGGCGCCGGCUAUCAUCUGGUUAUUGAUCAACUUCCCAGCUGCAAACCCAAUAACAUCACAAGAUUGCUCGCUGAAUACAUUCCUGAUAUAUAUAUCGAAUCAAACGCAGGGACCGAGUUAACUUAUCUUCUACCAGAAAAAUAUUCGUCUACGUUUCCAGAUUUACUGUCUCAAUUGGAGGACUACUCCGAUAGAUUAGGUAUAAGAAGUUUCGGAAUAUCUCUAACAGAUCUGGAGGAAGUGUUCAUGAAAGUUGGCACCAACGAAACUGGUAAGAUGAUCUCCAAGGAAAGGGACAAUAAUACAGUGGAAGGAUAUACUAAUGUAACAAUAAACACAAAUUAUAUGGAAGAGGGAAUGACUUUAUACAAGAACCAGAUCAUAGCCAUGUUCUUGAAGAAGUUCCUGGUUACCAUACGGUCAUGGAUGAUGGAAAUAAUAAAGACCCUUUUGCCGAUUAUCUAUAUAGUUGUUGUAGUUUAUGCAGCUAAUACUUCUAGUGACGAGAAGAGCCAAAACUCUAGAGAAUUUUCGCUUUCCGAUUAUUACACUCCCUUAACAUUGGUAGAUGGCGAGUCAUCCAACGAUUAUAUCAAAUUAUUGAAGGGUCAGAAUCAGCCUUACAGCCUAGUUGAGGAUAUUAGCAGAGAAAUCUUGAACAAGACAGCAGACGAUACAUACGCUUUCAAAUAUACAUAUAUCAUAGGUGCAACCAAUACCAAGGACUCCCAUGUAGCCUGGUUCAGUGACGAAGUUUACCAUGCUCUACCACUAUCUUUGCAGAUGAUGAUAAACAGUUUCGUGAAAGAUGAUAGUUUUCAACUGAAUUUCAUCAAUUAUCCUCUACCCCAGAAAAAGACCGACCAGGAUAAAGAGAUUGAAGACAUAAGCAAGGCAGUAAACAGCCUUAUGGCCAUCUCGCUUGCAGUUGCUUACAUUGGAAAUUUCUACAUAAUGUUCAAUAUAAAAGAAAGAGUGUGUCAAGCCAAGCACCUACAAUUCGUCUCUGGUAUAAACGUGUUCAUUUUCUGGUUGGUCUCCUUCAUUGCCGAUCUGUUAACGUAUCUGAUACCUGCUGUCGCUGUUGUAAUCUCAUUUUCUAUCAUCAAACCAUCAGGCCUGGCUACUUUUGAGCAUCUGAGUUACCUUAGUUUGCUCCUGUUCGACUUUGGUAUAGUUGUUAUGCCGUUCAUGUAUAUAUUUUCUUUCUUCUUCACGGUUCCAUCUACUGGCUAUUCCAGGAUGUGGUUCCUCAGCUUUGCCGCAGGUUUUCCCGCAGUUUUCGUCAUGUUCAUACUGAGAUUAUUGAAAAGUGAUUACGCUAUCCUGAAAUGGAUACUUAGGUUGUUCCCUCAUUAUGUAGUGACAGAAGGAACCUUCAACCUUACUAUGUCUUCAUCGUUUAAAAUUGAUGGGACCAGUCCUAUGAGCUUCGACGAAGGUGGUUUAGCACUUGGCAUUGUGUACACCUACGUCUCCGCCGCUCUGUUCUUCUGCAUCAUCUUCCUGGCUGAUCUAAAAGUACUCUCCAACCUCAAAUACAUGAUUUUCCCCCAAACCAUAGCAGCCAAACCACCCACCACCAUAGAUGAAGACGUCAAAAACGAGAACAUCAAAGUCCACGAGACCCCUCUUCAAGAGCUGCUGUUCAACAACGCCCUGGUACUGAAGAACCUUAUCAAGAAGUACAAGAGCUUCACCGCCGUCAACGGCCUCAAUCUGACGGUGAAGAGAUCCGAGUGUUUUGGCUUGCUGGGUGUAAACGGAGCAGGCAAGACCACUACGUUCAAGAUGAUGACGGGAGAUGAAGCUAUAAGUGGAGGGGACGGCUGGGUCGACCAGUACAGCAUCAAGAACCAAAUGAAGGAUGUGCAGAGGCGUAUUGGGUACUGUCCACAGUUUGACGCCUUGAUUGACAAUCUGACGCCGAGAGAGACGCUGAAGAUCUUCGGUCUGAUCAGAGGCGUGCCGAGGGGAGAUUGUGACCACAUGGCGGAGAGACUGGCCAGAGAAUUGGACUUUGGGCAGCACUUGGACAAGGAGGUGAGGCAGCUGAGUGGGGGCAACAGGAGGAAGCUUAGCACCGCCAUCGCGUUGAUCGGAGAUGCACCCAUCAUCUUUCUGGAUGAGCCUACCACAGGCAUGGACCCAGGAACCAAACGCCAUCUCUGGAACCGCCUGUCAGCUAUCCGAGAAAGCGGAAAGUCGAUCAUUCUGACCUCCCACAGCAUGGAGGAGUGCGAGGCUCUCUGCACCAAGCUGGCUAUAAUGGUCAACGGUAAUUUCCAGUGUCUGGGUUCUACACAACAUCUGAAGAGCAGGUUCUCCGAAGGUUUUACCGUCACCCUCAAGUUGAAGAAGAUCAAGAACAGCAGCGGCUUGGAACAUAGAGACACGACGCCAAUAGAGACAUUCAUGGCACAUAAUUUCCGUGGCUGUGAGUUGAGAGAAAAGCACCAGGAACUGUUGAACUAUUAUAUAAAGGACAGAUCUGCUAAAUGGUCUACGCUGUUCAGUGUCUUGGAGAGGGCUAAGGAAGAGCUGGAUAUUGAGGAUUAUUCUAUAUGCCAGUCUAAUUUGGAACAGGUAUUCUUAACAUUCACAAAGCAUCAAAAGACUGAAGAUAAUAUGCCAAAGAAGAAGAAGAGAAGGUGUUGCCGUUGCUGCUGAAAGGGGUUGUGAAUGCAACUGAAUAAAUUGUAUCAAUUCACAUCAAGAAAUAAUACGAAUCUAAACGAUCAAAAUGAAGUGUUGAGAAAUGAAAUAUUUUGAUGAGAAUUGUAAAUAUAUUUUUGAGUUUGAAAACUUU